GAUGUACCAGAACUUGAUCACCAUCACGACGGCCUUCCUGGUGGCCUUCAUCUUCGGCUCCCUGGUGUUGUCGCUCGUGCUGGCCUUUAUCAUGCCUCUUCUCAUUUUCGCCGGCUUCAUUCAGGUGAAGGUGGUAACCACCAGUGCAACGAAGAGCCAGGAUUCCGUCGCCAAGGCCGGAAAGGUGGCUGUGCAAGCCAUCGACGGCGUCCGCACGGUGGCCUCCUUCAACCUGACUCGGAAGGUGAUGGCCAUGUACAACAAGGAGCUAAAGGGGGUCCUGAGAGAGGGUCUCAAGAGGGGCGUGACCGACGGGCUGGCACUCGGGCUGUCGCAGCUCAUCUCGCUGGGCGCUUACGGCUUCGUGUUCUGGUAA